CCGCCACCACCACCGCCACCACCACCACCGCCGCCCGCCGCCCCUCGGUGCCGCCGCUGCCGCUGCUUCCCCGCCUGCUGUUGCUCCUCCAUCUCCUGAGCGGAUCACGGUGAGGGAAAGAUGAGCGAGGAGACGGCGACUUCUGACAACGAUAAUAGUUAUGCACAAGUGCGAGCUGUGGUAAUGACCAGAGAUGACUCAAGUGGCGGAUGGCUACCACUCGGAGGGAGCGGACUGAGCAGCGUCACUGUCUUCAGAGUCCCUCAUCAGGAAGAGAAUGGCUGUGCGGACUUUUUUAUCCGUGGAGAGAGACUCAGGGACAAAAUGGUGGUUUUGGAAUGUAUGCUUAAAAAAGACCUCAUUUAUAAUAAGGUCACUCCUACAUUUCACCACUGGAAGAUCGAUGACAAGAAGUUCGGCCUUACCUUUCAGAGUCCUGCUGAUGCCAGGGCUUUUGAUCGAGGCAUUCGAAGAGCUAUAGAGGAUAUUUCUCAAGGGUGCCCAGCAUCAAAAAAUGAGGCUGAAGGAGGAGAAAAUGAUUUACAAACCACUGAAGAGGACGCUUCUCGUUCCCUAGUGAAAGAUCACCUUUUCCAGCAAGAGACAGUUGUUACCAGUGAGCCUUACAGAAGCUCAGACAUAAGACCUUUACCCUUUGAAGAUCUGAAUGCCAGAAGAGUCUACUUGCAAGGCAGCCAGAUGCCAUUCAGUCAGCAAGGCCUGGACAUUCAGAGCCGAAGUAUGGAAUAUGUACAGAGGCAAAUAUCUAAGGAGUGUGGGAGCCUAAAGUCCCAAAAUAGGGUCCCUUUGAAGUCAAUCAGACACGUCAGCUUUCAAGAUGAGGAUGAGAUUGUCAGAAUAAAUCCUCGAGAUAUCUUAAUACGUCGGUAUGCAGACUACAGACAUCCGGACAUGUGGAAAAAUGACUUGGAGAGAGACGAUACUGACUCCAAUAUUCCAUUUUCUAAACAAGACAGUAAAAAAUCAGACUAUCUCUACCACUGUGGAGAUGAAACUAAGUUAAGUUCCCUGAAAGACUCUGUGGUAUUUAAGACACAGCCUCCCUCGUUAAAGUUUAAGUCGAAACGAAGAAAAGAGGAUGGGGAACGUUCUCGCUGCGUGUACUGCCAGGAAAGGUUUAAUCAUGAAGAAAAUGGCAGGGGAAAAUGCCAGGAUGCUCCAGAUCCUGUUAAAAGAUGCAUAUAUCAAGUUAGUUGCAUGCUCUGUGCAGAGAGCAUGCUGUAUCAUUGUAUGUCAGACUCAGAGGGAGACUUUUCUGACCCUUGUUCAUGUGACACUAGUGAUGACAAGUUCUGCCUAAGAUGGUUAGCCCUGGUAGCUCUGUCCUUCAUUGUACCAUGUAUGUGCUGCUACGUCCCUUUGAGAAUGUGCCAUCGCUGUGGUGAGGCGUGUGGGUGCUGUGGUGGGAAACAUAAGGCUGCUGGGUGAAGCAGUUCAGGGCCAACACGAGCUUAAAAUCUUCAUCUCCAGGAAUUAGCUAACUUGGAUUUGUGGAAGCUGUUGGCAAGCAGUAUGGAAUCUUGCCUGGUAUUGGGUCCAUGCUUGGAGGAAGCAGAACUCGUCAGUUCUUGUGAUUUACAGAUGCCAGCCGUGCCGAUGUUUCCCUGAGUGCAUGGCAUGUUCUGGGACAGAUCAUAGAGCAUUUGCAGAAGAAAGUCAUUUCUGGGUAUUGACUACAGCAGGUCAACAUAGAUUAUGAUCCAACUAAAAGGGAUUAAUUUUGGCAUUUUUAUAUUUAUGCACUAGGUGAUGGGACUUUUUAAAGAUAUGAAUUUUUUUAGGACAUUAACUAAAAAGUGCACUAAGAGACAGUUGAUUUCAGUUCAGAAAAGUUAAUACUUGGAAAUUAAAAGAGAAAACAAGUACAACUAAAUCAUUUAUUAGUUGUUUUUUGAAAGCAGUUUUAUGUAUAAAUAACAAAUGUUUAUAUUUAACUAAAUGUAAGGUACGAACUAUGACAUAUUAAACUUUUCUUGCCCUUCCUAGUUCUGAGGUAGAUGUGCAUAUAUCUACCACCACAUUCCAUGUAUUUUGAAUAUUUAACUCAUCUAGUUAAUAAUGUUUGUAUCCAUGUGAAAGAUUUGAUAUGUUCGUCCUCAGUUUUCUUUGGCUGCAGUUUAUAUUGAGUUAUUAUCUGUACAUUCUGGAACUCUAAACUCUUUAAAAUACUCUAAUAGCCUUGAGUGACCAACUUUUUUUUAAGCACAGAUGUCAUUGUCUAAUGUUGUGAUGGAAACGUAACACUUAUUUUUAUACCAAGAGACCGAGGAACUAUAGAAGGGAAAGCGAGGGGUCAGUUGUUCUGUUUUUGUGGUAUUCACCCAGCAAGUUGUUUUCUUUCAGAGUUCCCUCCUUCCAAAAAACUUAACCUUGCUCAUAAAGGUUUUACAAGGCAGGAGCAUUAACUGGAUAGUUAGUGUGAAGCAGUUUCUUCUUGAGUCUCCAUUUAUCAUUCUGCUAAACCAGAAUGCACACAGCUGUUUCACUGAUUUUUUUUUUAAAGCUUAAUCCUCUGUGCUUAUUAUUACUCACAUAACAAUAACAUUUUUUAGCUGCAUUUUAUUUCAGCUAGCCAGGAGCAAAGUUACUUUGCAUUAAAUGUAUGCAGAACUCUCCCAGGAAAGUAUUUAAUCCGCCAUUGUGAAUGGAAGAUCUUGUUCAUCACAUCCUGUUGCAGAGCAUUUGUAUUAUGGGAUGUUUGAUUUGCAGAAUGGUAUGGUAUAUUUCAACAAACCAUUUAAAAGUGUUUUGGGGUCAAAUUAUUUUUUUUUAAUGUUACAUUAAAAUUCUAACCAUCUGAGGGAUUCUUUGACAAUACUCCCUUGACACUUGAGCAGUGUGCCUUUUUUUUCCCUUUGCUUAAAGUUUCUGAAGUGAUAGAAAAUCACACAGGUUUUCAGUGUCAUUUCUGUACUGUUACUUUAUGUGUCACGCUUCAGCUUGUGUUAGCUUUCUUCUUUUGCCCCAGAUCAAACUGAGCAAUGUAUAUAUAACACUAUCUGUCUGUAAGAUACUUUUUUUUAAGAAAGCAUUUAUAUUUAUAUGACAGCUUGAACUGACAACAUUAUGUAUAUAGAUCAUCUUGAAGUAUUAUUUCACAUUGAAAAGAAGAAAAAUAUAUUGAUAACUAUAGAUGUUAUGAAGAAGAGGUUAUUUCUAGUUUUGUACUAAAAAUCAAUUGGAUGAACUAAAUCCAAAACCGGACACUGUAGCAGCAAUUUUAAGUCUUAUUUUUACUGUUUCUAUAUUUGGAGGCUGCUACACAGAUGAUCUUCAUCCCUGACAUUUUCAGAUAAACUUGGUUUCCUAGAGCAGACUGUUAACUUUCAAAAUUCCUUUUUAUUGUUGAAAUAGAAAUACUGGUUUUCUUUCUGAAUGAAUAUUCAUAUUUGUAAGUAUGGAGUUUAUAAUUCAGGUUGGAGCAAGGUGUGAAUAACUGAAGAAAAUAACUUGCUGGCUAUGUAGGAAAUGCCGUGGAAAUGAACUGUGUAUAUACUUCUGGGAAGAACAAAAUUAAUCAUUUUUCUGUUAAGCACUAGUCACUAUAGUGCAUCUCCUGGUUCUCUACUGUAUUUUAUACGCAACAUACAUGCUUUAAUAUUUUAAUGUUUGUGCAUUAAUAUUUUCAGUUUGUUUAACCACUUUGCUGCUAAGAUUUUGCCAUCCUGUUCCCAUUUUUUCCUUUACAGUUUUAAACAUUUCUCUUCAUUAAAAACUAUGGUAAUGAAAUUGUUUUUUUUUUCACCUUGGAUUUUUAUAAUUAGCAUAUACGAAUUCAAAUCAGUCCAGAAAAGUAACUGAUGAUAUAGUAGUAUUGAGUCCCUAUGUGAAUCAGUUGGACAGUUUAAUCCUAUUCCCAAGCACGUAGAGGUGGAUUUGGGAAUGAUUUCUCAUUCGCUGUACAGAUUUGGCACUGCCAUUGGGCGUUUCCUUUAAAACUCCCCUUGUGUCUAAAGUUUAAGCAGAUGGCUCAACAGAAUAAAAGUAAAUAAUGAAAAUCAUCGGAAUGGCAUGACCAGAAAGAAUUCUGCCUGGUGGGCUUGUUUGCUCAGAAUCAGUAGUUCUCAAGUGGUUCUUGUGGCUUAUGGGGGAAGCCUUUGAUUUGUUGAGCAGAAAUACUUGUGGAGUUCCAGUGCCACCUGCUGGAUGAUUUUAGACCAGCGCCGAGAGAUGGAGAUGGUGUCUGCCCUGUAAAGGGCUGUUCAGAGGGUGGCCCACUGCCUACCAGAGAAACCAGGGGUAAGGAACAGCUCAAAGGAAUGUAAAUAAAUCUUUUCUCAAAUGCAUUUUUUUGGUUGCUGGAAGAUUUUAAGCACUUUUUUCUUACAUAUCCUGUUUUAAAAUAUUUAUUGAAACUUGGAACUGGCAGUCAAACUUAUGUAUGUACUGAAGCAGUUAUACAACCAGUUCCUUUAACUGAGAAGCCAUUACCAAAUGGUAUUCCUAUUUUCUUCCCAGUGCCAGUCAGGGAGAAUUUUUAAAAAAUCAACAUAAUUGCCUGUAUUUUCUCACGACAACUCCAGAGAGUGUGUAUGUUUCUAAGUGGAUGAUGAUGAGGAGACAGGGCUUAAAUUUCAAGGGAAAACUUGAAACUACCUAUUUCCAUUGGAUAUUCAGCAGUGCCUAAAAUGAGCUUCUGAAAUGAUACAAAUGCACUUUGAAUUCAUGUGUAUAGUGCCAUCUAAGUCCUUGGGUGAGCCUAGCUCUCUUCUCUCCCUCUCCCCUUCUCCCCUUAAUGAAGUGGCACACAGGUAUUUCUCAAUACUCCUGUCAGUCUUCAGAGUGCAGAAAACAUGUACUUCCCUCUAAAUGGGCAAUGUAGAGAGUUUUAUGGGUCUGUCUUCUGUUGAAAUUGAAUGUCUGAUUAUAUUUGGAAUGUGUAACUUCGAUUAAUGUGUUUUUAAAGUAAUUUUAAUUGUAGUCCAACAGUGCAUUGAGCAAGUGUAACCUUUUUCUGAAAAGUAACUUGGAGAAUCUUAGUUAAUGGAUAAAACCAAUUCAUCACUAAAAUGUUGCUCUUACUCUUGACUGGGCUUCCAGAAUCACAUUUCUAAGUAUUAGGGGAAACACUAGAAAGUUGCUAUAAAUGAUAUGAGGGCCAUGUGUGUUUUAUGGUGAAUCAAACUAAAAAUCUUAAGAACUUGCACACACUGACAGAGAUGAUUUAUACAAACCAAAAAGUGGGCGGGGAGGGAAGGAGACUUACAAGGGGCGUCAAGGUCCUCGUAGCCUAGCAGCCUGACCGUUAGAAACCUUUCAGUUGCUUUGGUAUACUAACGUUACCCAUUGUCCCAAAAGCUAGAAUUGAAAAAGUUGUCAGUGUUUGAAAAUUUUCAAGAAUAAUCUAGUCGAAAGCCUUUGUAUUAAAGAUACACAAGUUUUUGUGUGAACAUUUCCAGUGUGUAGGAUGUUUUGCUUUCUAUUUCCUUGACCUCAGAAGUGCCUCACGUGUAUAUUACCCCCACUAGGAGCCUAACUGCAUCCUUUCUAACGAGCAGUGGAAGCCUGUUUAACUGCUGUCCUAAUGCAUCUCCCCACGUAGAGUCAACUAGCUUGAGAGUUGUGAGUAUAUACUGUAAAUAUGCACAUAUGAGUUUGUAACUGCUUUUGUUCCAUCAUACCAUGUAAUUGGACUUAUCAGAUGGUAGACGAUUUGUUUCAGUGAUUUCCCCUCUCCUGGAAUUACCUGAUUAAACCAGUCAUGAAAUUUAAAA